GAUGUUAGAACAGCUUCGUAGAUUUCCAUCACUAAUGUCAAAGUCCAGCAAGGGUUUGACAACAAGUGCACCCACUGUUCUCUGCUCUGUUUCCUAGGUCAAGUCCAACCAAACUCCCCUGUCUCUCUCACUCUUCCUCGUUCUCUCCGACCCAUCUCUUACCAGUUACCAUUGCUUACUCCUCCUUUUAACACUCAUCAAUUUCUUUCUCUCUCUCUCGCUCUUUCUCGCUCUCCCUCUGGUUUUGGAUUCUUCUCAUCCCAAAACAAGUUCCUCUCUGAUGGGUUCCAUCUCGCACGUGAUCACCACCAACCCCACUCUCCCUCACCUACCCUUUACACGUUCCACUGGACUACGCUUUUCUUGCUUCAAUCCCCGCCUCCUCCCGCUGCCAUCCACCAGAGUCGCCGGGAAAGUCGGCGUCUUCGCGGAGGUAAGCAGCCCGAGUCGCACCACUUCCGGCAUUGAUUUCAGCGACCCCGAUUGGAAAACAAAGUUCCAGCAAGAUUGGGAGGCUCGUUUCAGACUUCCUCAUCUCACCGACAUCUUCCCAGAUGCUCCUCCCAUUCCUUCCACCUUUUGUCUCAAAAUGAGAUCUUCGAUUGAUAGAGAUUCUCCUGGUCAUUAUUCUUCGUAUGAGGAUUGGCAUGGAUAUAUAAAUGACAAUGACAGAGUGCUUCUUAAGACAAUAUAUUAUUCGUCACCAACAUCUGCUGGUGCUGAGUGCAUUGAUCCUGAUUGUACGUGGGUGGAACAAUGGUAACACAUUUGAUUCACAAAUUUAAAACUUGAGUU